AUGUCUUCAGAAGAAAGGGAGGACCUCAUCACAGGAAAGAGGUUGAAGGAGAAGGGGAAGGAAAAGGGUAACCAAAGUGAUGAUGGCCUAGACCAACCCUAUCUACCACGGGACUUAGCUGAGGUCUCAAAGUUCACACGAAUGAUUGCAGAAGCACCAAUGUCCCCCAAAACGAAGUUACCCCCAAACUUUGACCACUAUGACGGGACAAGAGACCCUGAGAUCAUCUUCAUGCCUUCAGGGGAGCGGGGCAACUUGGGCGAUGGUCCAUGCCUCCUCCCUCCGGGGGGAAUCGAUAGUUAUGAAGAGUUAAGUGAGAAGUUCCUCAGAAACUUUGGUCAGCAGAGAAAAGUGGUCAAGAAUCCAAAUGAGAUCUUCCACAUAAGGCAGAGGGACAAUGAGCGAAUAGAUCAGUAUAUGGAGAGGUUCGUCAAGGAGAGCAUGAACAUCAAGGAUGUCCCGGAGGUCAUGAAGAUCAGCAGUUUCAUAAACGGGCUAAAGCAUGCACAGCUGUGUGAGAAACUAGGGGAGGAGUUCCCCCACUCAUUUGACAACCUUAUGGACAGGGUCAGAGCCUUUGUCAGAGGGAAGGACACAGUCAGCAAAGCCAAGGAGACAGAUAUCACGCCUCGGAGGAUCACCCCAGCUACAAAGCUUCCCGACAAAGGUACACCUUACUCCCGAAAGCCCACUUUUGACAGAAUGUUGCAUGACAGAACGGGGCCCUCAUACUCCCCAUACAGGCCUCGGGGGAGGGGUCCCCCUCCUUACUCUGAUAAUUUCACCCUCUCACCAAGACCCCAAGUGAGAUACUGGCCACUGAAAAGAGAAAUAGAGGCUGCAGUAAAGACGGGAAGGCUGGCCCACUUGGUUAAGGAAAUAAAGGAGGGGGACCGCAAGGGAAGAGAUGUAAGGGAGCCUGGGAGGGCAGCUGUUGACAUGAUCAGAAGGAGGAAUGAAUUCGAUACCACCCGGAGUGUAAAAGCUAGGAUCCUGGGCUCCCCAGACUGCAUGAAAGCUCCCAUCCUUAUGCCAUACUUGGAAGAAAAUGAGGUGCAACGACUUCCCCUAAACAUCUCAGCCAUAAUAGCUGGCCACAGGGUGUCUCAAAUACAUGUAGACGGAGGGUCCGGUGUCGAAGUAAUAUACGAGCAUUGCUUCCUUAGAUUUGACAGGGAUGUAAGAGAUCGGCUCGAAGAAGACUCCAUCCCCUUAGUGGGAUUCAACAACAGUGUAUCACACCCCCUGGGAAAAAUCAGGCUUCCAUUCACAGUUGGGGUAGGGGAUCGGGUCCGAACGAUAAACCUGACCUUCACAGUGGUCCGGGCACCCUCAAAGUACAACGUUAUCCUGGGAAGACCUGGAAUCGGGGACCUACAAGCACAGGCAUCCACCCCCCACGGAGCUUUAGUGUUUCAAACACCAAAGGGUUUAGCCUGGGUUAAGUCUUCUUAUGAAGUAAUUUCUUCCGUAUCCGAAGGAGAAGCAUCCGAGAAGCCCCAGAAGGAGGGGGUAGAAGAGUGGGUCCUUUGCGAUAGGUUCCCAGAACAAACGAUCAAAGUAGGAAGUCACUUGAGUGACAAAUGCAAGAGUGCCCUGAAGGAGCUACUUCUCCUCAACAUAGAUGUGUUUGCGUUCCAACACGGAGACAUGACGGGAAUCCCCAGGAGCCUAACCGAACAUCGGCUCAAUACUUACACAUGGGCAAAACCGGUAAGACAGAAAAAGCGAAGCAUGGGACCCAACAAAAGAAGAGCUGCUUGUGAGGAAACCAGAAAACUGCUUAGGGCAGGAAUAGUCAGAGAGGUGAAGUAUCCGUCCUGGGUCGCCAAUCCGGUCAUGGUUCAGAAGAAAGACGGAGGAUGGAGAAUGUGUAUCGACUUCCAAGAUCUAAACAAAGCAUGCCCUAAGGACUGUUAUCCCCUUCCAGAGAUAGACGUCCAGGUAGACUCUUUGUCUCAAUACCCCCUGAAAUGCUUCCUGGAUGCCUACAAGGGAUACCAUCAGAUCCAGAUGUCAAUAGAGGACGAAGAGAAAACCGCCUUCAUCACAGACGAAGGAACAUUCUGUUACACCAAAAUGCCCUUCGGUCUUAAAAAUGCUGGGGCCACAUAUCAGAGAUUCAUGAACACCCUGUUCAGGGAACAACGGGGAAGGAACUUGGAAGUGUACGUCGAUGACAUUGUUAUCAAGAGCUUGACAGAGAUGGCUAUGAUAGAUGACAUAGCCGAGACUCUUAACACUAUGCAAGACGUGAAUAUGAAGUUAAACCCCGGAAAGUGCUGUUUUGGGGUAGAGGAAGGGAGUUUCCUGGGGGUAGUAGUCACUAAAGGAGGAACCAAAGCAAACCCGGAGAAAACUCAAGUUGUGGCUGAGAUGCGAUCCCCUAGGUCCCUGAAAGACAUUCAACAACUGAACGGGAGAUUAAUAGCAUUAAACCGUUUUCUAUCAAAGGUAGCCGACAGGACCCUCCCCUUCAUGAAGGUGUUGAAGGACUGCCUCCAAACGAACAAGUUCAAAUGGACCCCAGAAGCGGAGGCCGCCUUCCAAGAAAUGAAAACUUACAUCUGCAAGCUCCCAACAUUGGCCACCCUAGUGCCCGGGGAACUCCUGCUCCUAUACUUGUCCGCCUCGAAAACGACCAUAAGUGCAGUCAUGAUGGUAGAACGGGAAGAAAAGCAGAUCCCCAUAUAUUUCAUCAGCAGAACACUUAAAGGCCCCGAGGAACGCUACAUGCCCCUGGAGAAGCUGGCAUUAGCCCUUGUUUUCGCAUCCCGGAGACUCAGGAGGUACUUCCAGGGGCACAAGAUUACCCUGAUGACUGAUCAACCUCUCCAAAAGGUACUCAGGAGGCCGGAGCUGUCAGGAGGGUUGGCUAAAUGGUCUGUGGAGCUAGGGGAACACUCUCUGGAGUUUAAGCCCAGGACGGCCAUGAAGGGGCAGAUACUGGCUGACUUUUUAGCAGAAGUCCCUGAGGAUGAAGAGAGGGAACUUUUAAAAUGGGAAGCUUUGGAGAAAGAAGAAAAAGAAAAGGAGGGCGAGGUUGUGUGGAAGUUACUCACCGACGGGGCCUCUAGUGAAGAAGGGAGCGGGGCAGGCAUCACACUGAUAAGCCCCGAAGGGAUUGAGCUGACAUACGCCAUAAGACUGGACUUCGAGAACACCAACAACAUUGCAGAGUAUGAGGCCCUCUUGGCAGGAAUGAGGCUGGCACAAAAAAUGAAAGCAAGACAUGUGGAAGCUAGCACCGAUUCACAACUGGUGGUUAAACAGUACCAAGGAGAGUAUGAAGCCAAAGACAACACCAUGGCUCAGUACGUGGCGAAAGUAAAGGAAACAGCCAGGGCAUUCAAAACUUUCAAAUUAGAAUACAUCCCCCGAGGAAGGAACAGAAAAUCGGAUGCCCUCAGUAAAUUGGCCUCGGUGGCAUUCGACCACCUGGCAAGAGAAGUUAAAGUGGAAGUCCUGACCGCCCCCUCCCUCAACAUGAAAGAGGUAACCGCAAUUGAGAAUGUGCAAGAAACAUGGAUGACAUCGAUCAUAAAGUUCCUCAGGGACGGAACGUUGCCCGAGGGAGACUGGGCAGCCAGAAAGGUAAGGGUCAAGGCCCUGCAGUAUGAGCUGAUUGAUGGGGAGUUGUAUAGAAGAUCAUACCUAGGCCCAUCCCUGAAAUAUGUCGAUGCGGAAGAAGCCGAGUAUGUGAUUAGGGAAAUGCACGAGGGGAUUUGUGGAAUGCAUUCGGGGCCAAGGACGAUAGUAACAAGGGCAAUGAAUGCGGGGUUCUAUUGGCCGCGAAUGUAUGAAACAACAUCCGAGGAGAUCAAGAGGUGUGAUAAUUGCCAGAUACAUGCACCAAUGACCCACCGGCACAAACACCCCAUGAUACCAGUCUCAACGUCCUGGCCCUUCCAAAAGUGGGCUACCGCCAUAAUCGGGCCUUUCCCGGAGGGUCCAGGAGGGGUCAAGUAUGUGGUAGUGGCCAUCGAUUAUUUUACCAAGUGGAUCGAGGCGAAGCCCCUGGCAAAAAUUAUUGGGGAACAGAUGAGGCGGUUCGUGUUAGACAGCAUCAUCUGCACAUAUGGGGUCCCAAAGGAGCUGGUGAGCGAUAAUGGCGUCCAAUUUGCUGGAAGACCUUUUAAGCCAUGGUGCGAGCAGAUGCAGAUUCAACAAGUAUUUACCUCCGUCACCCAUGCCCAGAGUAACGGAUUGGUAGAAAGAGCUAAUCAAAGUCUCAUCAAGGGAAUGAAGGGAAGACUCGGGAGAAAACAAAAAGGAUGGCUGGAAGAACUACCAUUCGUGUUAUGGGCAUACAGGACCACUCCUAAAGGUUGCAAUGGGGAGACUCCUUUCAGCCUAACCUACGGGACAGAAGCUGUCAUCCCAGCUGAGAUAGGAUCCUCAACUGCUCGAAUGAAGCUCCGGGAGGAGGAAAAUGAGCAAGACCUCAGGAUGAACUUGAAUCUCUUGGAAGAAAGAAGAGAAAUAGCAGCAGUCAGGGAGGCCAAAUACAAGAGGCAGCUGGAAAGUUAUUACAACGCCAGGAUGAAGAAGCUCAACCUCGUCCCAGGGGAUCUAGUCCUCAGAGCAAAUGAAGCCAGCCUGCAAGAAAGCACCGAAAAGUUAGGCCCCAACUGGGAGGGGCCUUACCGAGUCGUAUGA